AGAUAUUUACAGAAGAGACCUUACUGUAACAUUUCCAACGUGAGUCCGGGAUGUCAGCGUCCCUGAGAGCCAGCUCAGCGCCGAAUUCAGCGGGGCCGGAGCAGACACUGGACAGCACAGUGGCUGAGAUGAAUUGUCAAGUCCCAGCUGAGAGUAGAAAGGCACCUCUUCCUCCUGUCAACAGCCAGAUCAUCCCAACCGAACUGAUGGUCAGCCUUUCCUCUACCGUCUGUAACAGGAUUACUCUGGGGCACACUGCACACAGUCGACAUUGCAAGGGCUGUGGAAUCAGGCGACCAGAUGCAGCCUGGCAUCACCCCCUUGGUCGUAAAAAUUAUAAAUACUUUCUUGAGCAGCCAACAUCUGUGACUGGAGCUGGCAGGGACAUUUCCUUCCUGUGUGACGCCACAGUAAUGCAGAAGAAGUCAGAACCCCUCCCACCAGUGAGUGACAAGAGCGGCACCGAAGACACACAGGAUUUGAGCAUUUCUGAAAGUCUGAUACCAGAGGAGUAUCACAUAGUGAAAAACAGAGGACUAAAGAGCCUUGAAUUAUAUGAGGAUGCUUUCACAGUCCAGCUGCAAGAUGGCGAUCAGAAACUUCGGGUCUUCCCUUCACUGAGACCUAGUGGCAGACUGGAAGUGGUGCAGCUGAUGAGGGUGAUGGAUGACAUGCUGGAGAAGGCUGGAGUGGAUCAGCAGAGGGAAGAGCUGACUGAAAUCUCUCAGAUGGAGCAGUUGUUGGAGCUGGUGAAGGUUGAGCAAAACAUCUACAACAUUGUUUUCCAUGAACUGAUCAGACAGGUCAGUGUGAACUGCUCUGAGAGAGGAGAACUGCUCGCCAAACUCAGAAAGCGUUACCAGUCUCUGAUCGAGCGGAUCCCGCAGUGUUUGAAGGCUCUACAUACUGAGGCAGCGGCACAGCGGGCUCUUGACCGCCGGCUAACUGAGGAGAUCUACCACAUCAAGACAUCCAUGCAGCAGCUCAGCAUGGAGCUUUCCAAAAUCAGAGAGCAUGACGCCUUUGUGUCCCAGCAGGCAGAGCUGGCUCGCCGGCAGCUGGCAGGAGCACUCAAUCAGACUAACACCAGUGCAGAUGUGGUCCAGGGCUACCAUGAGCUGUAUGAGCUGCAGAGGACUCGCCUUGAGGCUCAGGUGCUUCAGAUGACUGAAGAGAGAGACUGCUGGAGCCAUCUCACCUUCUGCCUUGCUCUCAAGGUGAUCAGUGUAAAGAAGCUGCAGCUGAUGAGUCAGCUUCACAUUAGCAAGCAGAGUUGGUCGAAGACAGCAGAGCACUGCAUCCUCUAUCUCUCUUCAAAGGAUACAGAGGACCUGAAUAUCAUAAUGGAGCUAUAUAACUAUUGGAAAGAGCUGCUGACUACUCUAAUGUCUCAGAUGAAGAAGAGUGAGCAUGCUCAGUGUGAACAGAUCAAUGCCAUCCAGCAAGGAAUCAGCAAGUGGCUCAACUUCUGCAGCACACAGAACAAAAAUCCUAAUCCCAAAUAUGAGAAAACUACACUGGAAAAGAUUCAUUCUCAUUUAAAGGAGUGGUCAAAUUCAUUGACCCUCCUGUGUGAGUGCUACCAAGGUGAGCAGCUGCUCUCUUACCAGCAGACACUGGGCGAGCUCACUCGUGUCCAAGAGAAAUGGCUAAAUCUGAGUCUCGAGCUGUUCAAAAGACAUCCUUCCUCUGACGGUGAAGCCCCUGGAGGCCAGCAAACCAUAGAAGAGCUUGACAAGUACCUACCUGAGCUCCUCAAACAGCUGGACGCACAAGUCAGUGGAGAAACUGGGAGCUAUGGACAGAUAAGGUCACUUUUUAGGCUCGUUGAGUCAUGGGUUCCUAAGCUUGGUGCAGUGAUUGACAGGCCAGAGAUGAUGCCUGUCUCUGAUUGGUCAAAGCUUGAGAAGGCUUUACACAACUGGCAGAUUUUGACAGAAGACACCUUGAAAAACUUCACCAACAUGCAGACGGAAGACAAAAUGGAUGAAAACAAGCCUAACAUAUGUAAAGUGACAGAAAGUUUGCUGACCAAAGUAAAGGAGUUUAUAACUUACGUGUCCAACUUUUCCAAUGGUGAGAACCAAAGGCUCAGUGAAGAGAUUACUUCUAUUCACAUGGCGCAAACACGGUGGAUGCUGGAUCUGUUGCUCCUCAUGGUACCUAAUCAUGAUGAGGAUCAGAAGGAAGUACAAGAACAGCACACCAUGAUGAACAUCUCAGUGCAGACUCUGGAUGAUGAUGCUGAGAUACUGGGUGAUAGACUGGAUACUUUUUCCAAAUACAUCACCAGUUCGUGCAGGCUGAUUGUUGAGGAGCAGAUUCAACAGAACACCCAUGGCGCCAGUGGUGAAAAUGAAAUGAACGAGUGUGCAAAGCUGCAGAGGGAAGGCACCGAUUGGGUGGAGAUGAGCAAAAUCCUGCUCAUAGGUCUGAAAAGUCAUUUGGAGGUGCCUGUCACCCAGACUGUUCCUGCUGCUACCAGUGCUGUCCCAGUUUCUCCAGCAGACAGCAUGAACACUGUGGCAACCAAAGAGCUUGCAGCAGAGCCUACAGCAAACAGCAAAGUCAAGCAUGAGCCAGAGGUGGACCAGACAGAGGGGGAGCCCAAAGUUUGUGAGAGCCCAGCGGUGAAGCUGAUUGGCUAUGAUGGACACAUUGCAAGCAGAAAACUGAGAGAGAACAGGGUCCACCUGAAUGGGACUGAGGAGCUGGUGGUGUCCCCAGCAAUAGAUGAUGCCCAGAGAGCUUUUAGUGAUCUGACCACAGUGGGAUUACUGCAGCAGGAACUGCAUGAUUCAGAGCUGCGGGUCCAGAGUGCUGAGCAGCGGGCCCUGAAGGCUGAAGAAGACCUGCAGAGAGCUUUAGAGAAAAUUAAGGACCUGGAGAGACAACUGCAGGGUCGGUCCAGUCUGGAACCCAAAAGUACAGAAGAGAAGAAGAAAACUCCACCACCUCCAACACCACCAGUAACAACCCCAGCUCCUGCAAAGAAAAGCACAGCUGAGACCAAACCAUCCAGCAGCAGCAAAAAGACCAAAAAACGAUGACCUAACGGGAUCAGGAAGUGUUUCAACUUUUUUCAGUUGACUGUCCAGUUACACUUUUGGCAAACUAUUUAUAGAACAACGUUUAGGCUUUAAUGUGCGUUUGCUGUAUUUAUUCUUUGAUUGAAGUCUGUUGCAGUAAGAUCAAUAAACCAAAAAAGGACAGCUGAUCAACUAACUGUCUCAGCAGUUUAGAGAAGUGGCGUAGAUGGUUAGUUAACAAAAAAGAAGAAGUUUGAUCAACCACCCUUUUCAUCAAUAUACUUUCCAGACCUAUUUCCAGUAUUAGUUGUCCCAUGUUCAAACUGUUUGGCUAUGAUAUUUAACAUAGUGAUUUCUCUGUUUAUUGAAUGGCU